CUUGUGUAUAACCCCAUACACGUCUCUCCUGUAAUCUGCAUCACCCUCUGCGCCCCAAGGCCCAGAGCUUCUCUUGUUCCCUUGCAAUCUCUCCCAGAAUCUCUCCCGAGGUUUACAACUUUGUCAGCACUGAAUAUGGCGUCAGCAUCAUCAGUUUGUGUUGUUGGAAACAGUUUAUCCACACAGAAUAAUAAAAGAACUUUUAGCAAGGACUUCCACCGAAGGUAUCUGACUUCAUCAUGGAGACUUCCGUCAUCAAAUAGGGCAUCAAAGUCAUUUUACAUAAAGGCAUCCUCAGAUCAAAAGCAGCAUGAGAGGAGAAGAGGCUUUCUGAAACUGCUUGGAGGUGCAGGAGUGGGUUUACCUGCAUUAUUGGGAAAUAGGAAAGCACUUGCUGAUGAACAAGGGGUUUCCUCCUCUCCAAUGUCUUAUUCUAGAUUUUUGGAGUAUUUGGACAAGGAUAGAGUUAAGAAGGUGGAUUUGUUUGAGAAUGGAACCAUAGCUAUUGUUGAGGCUGUCUCUCCGGAGUUGGGUAAUAGGGUGCAGCGAGUCAGGGUUCAACUUCCAGGACUCAGCCAAGAACUUCUCCAGAAAUUUAGGGAAAAGAACAUUGACUUUGCAGCUCAUAAUGCCCAAGAAGAUUCAGGUUCUCUGUUGUUUAACCUGAUUGGAAAUCUAGCUUUCCCUCUGAUCUUGAUUGGAGGGCUGUUCCUUCUAUCAAGGCGAUCAUCUGGAGGGAUGGGUGGUCCUGGUGGGCCUGGCUUUCCUCUUGCUUUUGGUCAAUCUAAAGCUAAGUUUCAAAUGGAACCCAAUACUGGAGUGACAUUUGAUGAUGUUGCUGGGGUGGAUGAAGCAAAGCAAGAUUUUAUGGAGGUGGUGGAAUUUUUGAAGAAACCAGAGAGGUUCACUGCUGUUGGGGCUCGUAUUCCAAAAGGAGUUCUUCUUGUAGGCCCUCCUGGAACUGGAAAGACACUAUUAGCCAAGGCUAUUGCUGGUGAAGCUGGAGUUCCAUUUUUCUCAAUCUCAGGUUCUGAGUUUGUUGAGAUGUUUGUUGGUGUUGGUGCUUCUCGAGUUCGUGAUUUGUUCAAGAAGGCCAAAGAGAAUGCGCCCUGCAUUGUAUUUGUUGAUGAAAUUGAUGCUGUUGGACGACAAAGAGGAACUGGAAUUGGUGGGGGAAAUGAUGAAAGAGAACAGACCCUCAACCAACUUUUAACUGAAAUGGAUGGGUUUGAAGGAAAUACUGGUAUCAUUGUAAUUGCAGCAACUAACAGGGCUGACAUUCUUGACUCUGCUUUGUUGAGACCUGGCCGUUUUGAUAGACAGGUGACUGUAGAUGUUCCAGAUGUUCGGGGAAGGACUGAGAUCCUUAAGGUUCAUGCCGGCAAUAAGAAGUUCGAUGCCGAUGUUUCUCUUGAUGUAAUUGCAAUGAGAACACCUGGUUUUAGUGGAGCAGAUCUUGCAAACCUCUUGAAUGAAGCAGCUAUAUUGGCUGGACGUCGUGGAAAGACAGCAAUUUCAUCUAAAGAGAUUGAUGAUUCCAUAGAUAGAAUUGUGGCUGGAAUGGAAGGAACAGUGAUGACUGAUGGGAAGAGCAAGAGUUUAGUGGCAUAUCAUGAAGUCGGGCAUGCCAUUUGUGGAACUUUGACUCCUGGUCAUGAUGCUGUACAAAAGGUAACCCUAAUUCCACGUGGUCAAGCUCGGGGUCUUACUUGGUUCAUUCCUUCGGAUGACCCCACUCUGAUCUCCAAACAACAACUUUUUGCAAGAAUUGUUGGUGGACUUGGUGGUAGAGCUGCAGAGGAAAUUAUUUUCGGUGAACCUGAGGUUACGACAGGAGCAGCUGGUGAUUUGCAGCAAAUCACUGGUUUGGCCAGACAGAUGGUAACGACAUUUGGAAUGUCUGAGAUUGGCCCAUGGUCGCUUAUGGACGCUUCAGCUCAGAGUGCUGAUGUCAUCAUGAGGAUGAUGGCCAGGAACUCGAUGUCAGAAAAGCUCGCAGUAGACAUUGACAUGGCGGUCAAGAGGAUAUCAGAUGAAGCAUAUGAAAUUGCACUUGGCCACAUAAGGAGCAACAGGGAGGCCAUUGACAAGAUUGUGGAAGUGCUUCUGGAGAAGGAGACAAUGAGCGGGGACGAAUUCCGGGCGCUUCUGUCAGAAUUUGUUGAAAUUCCAGUUGAAAAUCGGGUGCCGCCUUCAACUCCUACACCGGUUUCUGUUUGAAGAGCCUGUCGUUCGAGUUGAACCCUCUCUUGUUCCGGACAGUCUUUGGUGAGGGAGAAAAAGAGACACAAAUUUGUGCAGGACAGUCGUUUGUCUCUCUUCCAGAAAUUAUUUCCAGUGCGAGAGGAUGUGUGGCAGUCAUUGUUAGUGUAGCACUAGAUUCUGCAUACUCAGAUUUUUGAAACUGUAAAAUAUUUGUAAUAUGUAUUAUAACUUAGAAUACUGCCUGAUACAAAUACGUGAAUUGGGAACAAAAAAAAGGCUACUAGCGCUUUCCUUGUGUAAAGCAACGAAGAGUCUGUAUAUCAGACCAAAGACUAAAGCUUGAAUGUGAUGAUAUUUAGUUUUCAAA